AGCACUUCACUUGCGUGUAUCUUCUAUGAAAGUAUCAGUUAUCUUACUGCGCAUCACUUACGCGCACACUGGUAUCACGUGCAUUGCAACGAUCCACUCUGUACAGCGAAACUGCGCAUGCCCUGUGCACAUUGUUCCGUAGCAUCACAGCAGCACGCCAGGUAACAUUGGAGGAAAACUGAUCGUGGGGACUGGGGCAAUUCAUUCACUGGCUUAUCUAAACUACAUCUCCCCAUUUCCGUCACAAAAGAGCUAGUCGUAUAAAUUCAGUAUUGUUCGCUGUGAAAUUGCGUGAGGCUGAAUAAAAACGACCAGCUAGGGCUCUGUUCUUAGGUUUUAUCGGCGGUUUUAUCUGAGAGCGGCAGGACUUGGACACACGCUGAUGGCGGUCACUAUCGAGGAUCUCUAUCGAAGCUACGGGGUCCUUGCUGAUGCUAAGGACAACCUCAGCCAGCACAAAGAUGCCUACCAAGUCAUCCUGGACGGUGUAAAGGGUGGUCCAAAGGAGAAGCGUCUGGCUGCACAGUUUAUUCCAAAGUUCUUCAGCAGUUUUCCAGAAUUAGCUGAUGCAGCUAUUAAUGCCCAGUUGGAUCUCUGUGAGGAUGAAGAUGUAUCUAUUCGGCGACAGGCCAUAAAGGAGCUCCCACGGUUUGCAACAGGCGAGAACAUCUUCAGGGUCGCAGAUAUUCUCACCCAGCUCCUUCAGACAGAUGACACAGCAGAGUUCAACCAAGUUACCGCGGCACUGAUUUCUAUCUUCAAGAUGGAUGCGAAAGGGACCCUUGGAGGGCUCUUCUCUCAGAUCCUGCAGGGUGAAGACAUUGUGCGAGAAAGGGCCAUCAAGUUUUUGUCAUCCAAACUGAAAACCCUACCAGAGGACGUCGUGACAAAGGAAGUGGAGGAGUACAUCUUUACUGAAACAAAGAAGGUGUUGGAAGACGUGACAGGAGAGGAGUUUGUGCUUCUGAUGCGUUUGGUGUCCGGCCUGCGGGUGUUGCAGACCGUAAAUGGGAGGCAGCAGCUUGUAGAGCUGGUGGUGGAGCAGGCUGACCUGGAGCAAGCCCUCAACCCAGCAGAUCCAGACACAGUGGAUCGCGUCCUGCAAUGCACACGGCAAGCUCUGCCGUUAUUCUCAAAAAAUGUCCAUUCCACACGUUUUGUGACCUACUUUUGUGAACACGUACUGCCCAACCUCAGCACCCUGACGAGUCCUGUGGCUGAGCUUGACAUUCAGUUGGAGGUGCUGAAGCUGCUGGCUGAGAUGAGUCCAUUCUGUGGGGACAUGGAGAAGCUUGAAGCCAACCUCAACAUGAUGUUCACCAAGUUGCUGGUUGAGAAUGGCGAGAACUCAGCCAGCGAGGAGCCCAAACUACAGUUCAGCUAUGUUGAGUGUCUCCUUUUCAGUUUCCACCAGCUUGGCAAGAAGCUGCCAGACUUCCUGCUGGACAAAGUGGACACUGAACGCCUCAAAGACUUCAAGAUCAGGUUACAGUAUUUUGCCAGAGGCCUACAGGUCUACAUCAGACAACUGCGAGUAGCCCUGCAAGGAAAGACAGGAGAUGCUCUCAAGACGGAAGAGAACAAGAUCAAAGUGGUGGCCCUCAAGAUAACAAACAACAUCAACAUCCUCAUUAAGGAUCUCUUCCACAACCCUCCAUCAUACAAGAGCACAGUUACUCUGUCCUGGAAACCGGUACAGAAGACAGAGGCAGUGGCGCCCAAGCGUCCCUCAGGUGAAGAAAUGGGAUCCGGCGGAACCACAAAAAAACAGAUCCCUGCUCUGCCACGGCGGGACGCGCGACAAAUUUACAACCCUCCCAGUGGCAAAUACAGCGCCUCCAUUGGCAAUUUCAACUAUGAGCAGCGUGGCGGUUUCAGGGGAGGACGAGGACGAGGCUUUGGCAACAGGAGCAGGGGUCGAAUCUACUGAAACACAGAGGGUGUACAUAGUGCUCAUCGAACUGCAUCACAUCAGGAUUGUUUCGUGCUGAGAUGGACUAUUUGUCAUCCAAUCUUAAUUCAUUUUUAAAAAAAUUUUUUAUUACGACUUCUCACACAUGGACAGGAUUUCACUUUUUUGUGCUUGUGUUUUUGGGGUAAAGGCUUGAUUUCCUGUCUCCAGAAUAUCAAACAGGCUUCAACUUUUCUACCGACCAUUACAAUAUUUACUCCAUGUUCCUCUCAGCCAAGGUGAUAGCUGGUAUAAAUGUGUGUUGCUGUUUGUUUAUGUUUCCCCUCCAAAUUUAAAUGAUUCUGUGUAUUUUUUUUUGGAAGAAAAUGCUGCCAAGUUGUAACUGAUGUUUUUGUCAGAUAGAUGUAGGAAGAGAAAAAUAUCCUCUUGUUUAUCAGCAUGUUUAUCAAUUCACUUGUUUCUACCUUCUUAUUUAAUCUUGAUGUUUUCUGUUUGUAUUUUUUUCUUUUUAUCAGAGCUUGAUUUGAAUUGGCUGACCAUGCUACUUUGUAUGAAUCAAUGACACUGUUUCAUUGGAUUUUUAUCAUAAAGUUGUCUGGAAGGAUGUCCUUCGGCCCCUGAUGUGUUUGUGUUGAUCUUCAGCUCAGGAUCAGCGUUUCUCUGCUUGUCUUUUUUCUGUCACAUCAAAUUUCUACCAAUUUUCCUAUAUCAUUUUAUUCUUAAAAAAAAAAAAAAAAAAUUGUACUUUUCAUAAGUUUUCAUAAUCAGUUUAUUUUCUAUUCUCACUCAGUCACUCACCCACAUGCAUGUCUAAUUCAUCACAGUCCUCCUUUUGUUUUCCCUCUCCAUUAAUUUAAAUAUAUAAACUGUGUUCCCUGUUAAUUUUAGCUCGCAACAUGGCAUCUGCAUUUACAAUACAUACCUGAUUGAGAGACUUUCCAAGUUUGGUGCAGACUUUAGUUCACACAAGUACAUAUUCAGUACAGGAUCAGUUCAUGUCAAGAUUGGCGAUUUGUUUUUUGUUUUUUUCUUAUUCAAGAGAUGUCAGUCUGCUAACUGUCUGGAAAUGUAUAUAUAUAUUUUAAUACAAACUGAUUAAAGCCAUGGUCCUAAAACAAAUUCCAAGGAGGAAACGCCAAAACCUGGUCAAAAAGGCUCAUGCGCUGGGCUCGAAAAGCUUAACAGGUGUGCUUGUAUGUAGGUGGAUGCUCAAAGGGAGGGGGGGCACUUUUUACUAAAUUUUCUGAAUUGGCUGUUCAGAGUGAGUCCCAUAAACUUCUAAACUGGAUACAGCCGAAGCUUCAAACCUUCGAUGAAGGUUUAAUAUUAAUGGAAGACCUUAUACAGACGAGUGAGGCUGCAUCCAUCAGCUCCAGGUUGACACAUUCAAGCAGAACCUUGGAAGGCUCAGUUUAAAUAUUAUCAUUGUGAUUUACUGCAAUUGGUAAACACUGAAAAUUACAUUCUAAAUGGAAAUGGUAUGACACCUAUAGCAGAAAAUAAAUGUUUGAAUUAACACUUAAAAAAUAAGAAGUGUUUCUUGUCUUGGCAGAGUCUUCCCUGAGGAGGGCGAUCUAGAUUAGGGCUUUCCUCAGAGAAACAGGUGUCUAUUUUUAUCCCAACCAGCGACUAAUUUAAGUCUUUCUUGAGGCCCUUUUGUCUCUGUUUGAUUUCUUGUUCAAUUCACUUCAAUUCAAUUUUAUUUAUAUAGCGCCACAUCACAACAACAGUUGUCUCACAGCGCUUUCAAAACAGAGCAGGUCAGACCCUACUCUGAAGUUAACUACAGAAACCCAACAAUUCCCACCAUGAGCAAGCACUAGGCGACACAGGCAAGGAAAAACUUCCUUUUAAGAGGCAGAAACCUUGAGCAGAACCAUGGCUCAGGGUGGGCGG